UUGAUUGGACUCACCUGUGUUUAAUUAUCCCCAUUGUGUGUGAGCCUGUAUAUAAGUUGCCUCAGUUUGUUUCCCAGGCGUCGGGUCAUUCUGUGAUCACCCUCUGCGUCCUCCUGUGUUUUCCCCGUGCUGUUGCUGCCAGAGAUCUUGUCCUCGCCUCCACAAUCCUGACAGUAAUGACCCGACCAAGAGAGGGCCAGGCAACGGGGCUGGAAAUAAUCGGGCUGUUUAAUCAGCUCUGGAGACAGAGGGAGAAUGUCUCCGCGCCGUGCUGGACUAACGCCUCGCAAACUUCCCGCGGGGGUCAGCCACGGGCGCGGGGCAGGCAUGAAGGACGGCGAAGAAGAGGAAACCCCGCGUCGUGCCAGGCUGACGCCCUGCAUUCCUCCCGCGAGGGCCAGCCACCUUCGCCGACUCAUCUUUUUGCUUCCCUUCACUGCCGCCCAACAACCUUCAACCCGGCUCCGAGGCAUCCGACCGCACCUCCUCCGCCCGGCAAACAGCAGCCUCUCAUCGGCCGGUCUGCAGGGAAAGCAGGGGCGUAUAAAGGAAAUCACAGGAUGGUGCCCAGGCCCCUGCAGCAGCCCCAGUCCAGCCACUCCGAAAUGGAUAAUUGGGAUGACCAGCCUCCUUUAGUUCCAAGCUGUCUUAGAGCGCCUCACGUGGAGGAAUCCAGUCUGUGGGACUUCUUCUAUGGAGACAGAGAUGAUCUGUUCCCCAGCUGGACCAUUCCUGCUGCGCACGCCACGGCCAAAGCCUGCGUGGGUGCGCACGCACCUUCAUCGACCUUCGCCUCUGCUGCUGUCUCCACCGAGGCCGCCUGUGUGCAUUCUCAUGUGAAUAUUUAA